GAUAUGUGGCAAGUUAUAUAAAGUGUUAUAGGAAAUGCGCACGCACACGGCGCCUGCAAUAUGAAGUACUCGGUCGGGAUUCUAUUCGCUACCCUCCUUGUGGGGAGCUUGGCUUUGCCAACGCCCGAAACCGAGGUGAGCCAGUUGUACGGUCACUCGGACCCUACUGGCCGCAUUGUAGGCGGGUCGACCGCAGGCAGCGUGCCUUAUAUGGUGGCGCUAUCUAGCGGUCUGAUCUCGCGGUCGUUCCUGUGCGGCGGCUCGCUGGUGGCUCGGCGCCGAGUGCUCACCGCCGCUCACUGCAUCGCCGCCGUCUUCUCUGGGGGCUCACUCACCAGUUCUCUCCGCGCGACAGUCGGCACCAACCGUUGGAACUCCGGAGGCACGCAUUACAACCUUGCACGCAACAUUACACACCCCAACUACGUGGCGGGACUUAUCAAGAACGACAUCGGGCUGCUUGUGACCACGGCAGAUGUCGCCCUUACUAACGCCGUUAGAAUCGUCGCACUCAACUACGACUUCAUCGGCGCCAAUGCCGGCACCACCGUGUUCGGCUGGGGGAGGAUUAGGCAAGGCGGUGCGAGCUCGGCGACGCUGCUGCAGCUGAACAAGAACACAGUCGACGGCGCGCGUUGCGUCACCGACGUUGCUCGCUUGGCGACGCAGUUCAACAUCCGCGCGCCCGCCGUGCAGCCGCACAUCGAGAUCUGCACAUUACACUCCGUUAACCACGGCACUUGUCAUGGUGACAGCGGCGGACCACUGGUGCUUCGUAGCAACAACCGUCAGAUCGGCAUCGUGUCGUGGGGACUGCCGUGUGCGCGCGGCGCUCCGGACAUGUUCGUGCGAAUUAGCGCCUACCGCAACUGGCUGCAGUCCAACAUGUAAAAUAAACGGAAUUAAAGACCUCAUGA